CGGGGAGGAGGAGAGUAUAAGAGGAGAAACAGUGAGUGAGAGAAAGAGAGAGAUUAACCUCCACCAACCCACUGCUGCUUCUGGGACAGGUGCCAUUCCUCAGAUCCCAUCAAACCCAGUCUACUCCUCUCUCUCUCUCUUUCUCUCUCUGUCUCUCUAUACAUCUAUCUGUGUGGCCACCUCUCUCCAUCUCAGUCUCCCUGCACAAUGGAGUCUGCCAUCAGCACCCUGGUCUCCCAGUUUAAGACCUUCGCAGGGAAGGACGGAUCCUCUGACACGCUGAGCAAAGAGGAGUUUCGCAGCCUGGUGACAUCCCAGCUGCCCACCUUCGUCAAGAACUCCAGUGACCCAGCAGUGAUCGACCAGCUCAUGGGCUCACUGGAUGAAAAUAAUGACGGCGAGCUGACCUUCUUGGAGUUCUGGCAACUGAUUGGCAGCCUGGCCAACAAGCACGGAGGCUUCAGCCAAUAGGAGAACAGGUGUACAAGCCGGAUUUCCAUACCCUGAUGGAAAGAUCAAGUAUUUUUGAAUUGCUGACCCAAACGUCAACAAUAAUGAAAAUGUUUUUGUUGGGUUUUUUCUGUUCUGUAAAUGAGUAAAAAUGAAUUUAUUUAUUGACAAAGUUUUGCCCUGUAAAGUUUUGGAUCUUCCGUUACUCCUCAGUCAUCCCCUACACCUCACUGCUACCGUCAGCUUCUCACUGCACCGCUCUAAACAAUCUUUGUCUGCCAGUUGCAACAGAAAUCUCUCUCUCCCUGUUUAACCAGUGUAAUUAUGUUAUGGCACUGCACCUCACCAACUAGACUAGAAGCAAUGCUAUUUCCUGACAAUUCAUAGACAUACGAAAAAAAAUUGGUGGUCUUCGCACCAGGUGGGAGUUAAAAGACUCCAAUUAUGGAACGGUAGACAGUAAAUUGUGUUUGUGGAUUUGAGAGUACAUUUCUGUACUAGAUGUUUAUGUAUUGUUAGGAAUUUGUUAAUUUGUUAUGAUAUAGUUGUUUCAUAAGCAGUCUCAUAUUUCAUCAUUGUGUACCUCAUGAAUCUGUGAUCUACCCAGGGCUUCAGUCUUAAUUAAAUACAACUCGUUGAAAAUUAA